CCCAGCAUCAGGAAGUGCCUUCAGGAAGUAGUUUGCUACCGUGUUUGAGUGACAGCUGUGCGGCGGUGACAGCCCACACGGGACGGCAGCCCGCAGAGCCGAGCCGAUACUCAAGAUGGCAGGUCUAUCUUUAUACUUUGAAGAUGGCCAUGAUGAUCUCGAUGAUUUUGGAUUUGAUGACUACGGUUCAGAGUGCGACGGUAUCCGCAUCACAGCCUUCCUCGAUGCAGGACAAGACAACCUAACUCCUCUUGGGAGGCUAGAAAAGUAUGCCUUCAGCGAGAAUGUCUUCAACAGGCAGAUCGUGGCGCGCGGCCUGCUUGAUGUGCUUCGAGAGUUCAGUGACAAUGAAAAUGACUUUAUCAGUGUCAUGGAGACAGUUGCCAGAAUGUCAGAAGAUGGAGAGCCCACAGUGCGGGCCGAACUGAUGGAGCAGGUCCCCAACAUUGCCAUGUUCUUGCACGAGAGUCGGCCCAACUUCCCAGCAGCUUUCUCAAGAUACUUGGUCCCCAUUGUAGUCCGAUAUCUCACAGAUCCAAAUAACCAGGUGCGGAAGACCAGCCAGGCAGCACUGCUCGUUCUGUUGGAGCAGGGCCUCAUCUCUAAAGCCGAUAUGGAGACCAAAGUUUGUCCGGUUCUACUCGACCUCACAGAACCCAGCAGUGAUGAUGACUACAAAAUCGAAGCAGUCUCUAUGAUGUGUAAAGUGGUCACCAUGCUGAGCAAAGACACAGUGGAGCAUCUCCUGCUGCCACGCUUCUGUGACCUGUGCAGUGACGCCCGACUGUUUCAAGUCCGCAAGGUCUGUGCUGCAAAUUUCGGAGAGUUUUGUUCUAUUGUUGGUCAGGAGGCCACAGAAAAACUACUGAUGCCCAAGUUCUUCGACCUUUGCUCAGACAGUCUGUGGGGCAUCAGGAAAGCCUGUGCCGAGUGCUUCAUGAUGGUCUCCAAUUCUACCUCUCCAGAAGUGCGACGUGCAAAAUUGUCCCCCCUGUUUAUCAGCCUCAUCAGUGACCAGUCUCGCUGGGUGCGACAGGCUGCCUUUCAGUCUCUGGGCCGCUUCAUCUCCACCUUCGCCAAUCCCUCCAGCACAGGCCUUCGCUUCAGAGAAGAUGGAACCCUACUAGAUGUCCCCAGGUGUACAUUGGACAGCGAGUGCUCCCUAAACUCUCUGAACUGCUCCGGGAUCAGCGUCUGCCACACUGCGAGGACCAUCGCUCACACGCCUGCCAACCAGGAUGGCCGCGCCACGCCAUCCCCCGAGCACGUCCCCACAGCCGACGGCGAGGAAAUGCACAGCUUCGACGACAACAACUACACUUCAGUCUCCAGAGAGACGCGCGGCGGCUUCACCCGCACCGUCUCCAACAGCAACGCCGGCCCCACGACCACAAACAAUGCUAGGAACUCGAGAGACACGGAGCAGACGGACCAGAACUUUAACUCCUUCAACUAUUGGAGAUCUCCUUUACCAGACAUAAGCGGCGAACUGGAGAUGCUAAAUAGUGAAACAUCCGAGGCGGGAAUGGAGAAGAAAGCAGAGGAGGAGAAACCUGAUUAUCCCGAUGCCAAGUUGAGCCCCGGCAAAGCUACGAGUGACCAGAUCCAGAAGGUCUUGGACUGUUUGCAACCGCACAUGGAUGACCCCGAUGUACAAGCUCAAGUACAGGUGUUGUCGGCGGCUCUGAAGGCGGCGCAGCUCGACGGCCCGGACGACGACGGCCUGACCGAGCCGGAGGAGCAGCCCGAGGACGACGCCGAGAGCCCGUCUGUGGAGAGCAAGUCCGCGGAGGUUCAGGCCGGGAGCAAAGAGAGUCCCACAGAAGAGGAGCAAGCAGCGGAGCCGCCUCCGUCCUCAGAGUCCAGCCCCGUCCAGGAGCAAGGGGACGAGGAGACGCAGACGGAGCCCCUGGACGACCAGGAAGAGUCUCCUCCCGACUCGCCGAUUCAAGAGUCUGAAAUGAUUGAGGAGGACGAGGAGGAGGACGAAGAGGAGGAGGACGAGGAGGGGGGAAGGGACGACUCUGCUCACAGCCCAGGGUUUGAGGAUAAGCCCAAGAUCCAGAAUGUCAUCCCCCAGCAGCUGUUGGACCAGUACCUCUCCAUGACGGACCCGGCCCGGGCUCAGACGGUGGAUACGGAAAUUGCCAAACAUUGUGCCUUCAGCCUGCCGGGGGUAGCGCUCACUCUGGGGCGGCAGAACUGGCACUGCCUCAAGGAGACGUAUGAAACCCUCGCUACCGAUGUGCAGUGGAAGGUGCGGCGCACGCUGGCUUUCUCCAUCCACGAGCUGGCGGUCAUCCUGGGAGACCAGCUGACCGCCGCCGACCUGGUGCCCAUCUUCAACGGCUUCCUCAAAGACCUGGAUGAGGUCCGCAUCGGCGUGCUCAAGCACCUCUACGACUUCCUCAAGCUGCUGCAUGCGGACAAGAGGAGAGAAUAUCUGUACCAGCUGCAGGAGUUCAUGGUGACGGACAACAGUCGCAACUGGAGAUUCAGAUACGAGUUGGCAGAGCAGUUGAUCUUGAUCAUCGAGUUGUACAGCCACUUCGAUGUGUAUGACUACCUCAGACAGAUAGCACUCACACUUUGCUCCGACAAAGUCUCAGAGGUCAGGUGGAUCUCGUACAAACUGGUGGUGGAGAUCCUCCAGAAGCUGUAUGCGUGUGGAGCCGACGAACUGGGCCUGAACUUCAUCAACGAGCUCACCGUCCGCUUCUGCCACUGUCCCAAGUGGGUGGGGCGGCAGGCCUUCGCCUUCAUCUGCCAGGCAAUCGUGGAGGAGGACUGCAUGCCCAUGGAGCAGUUUGGCCAGCACCUCUUGCCCAGCCUGCUCAGCCUCUCCUCAGACCCGGUGGCGAAUGUGCGCGUCCUGGUGGCCAAGGCUCUCAGACAGAGUGUCAUGGAAAAAGCGUACUUCAAGGAGCCGGGCUGUGCCUACUCUGACGAGCUGGAGGAGACGGUGAUGGCCCUGCAGUCCGACAAGGACCGGGACGUCCGCUUCUUCGCCAGCCUGGACCCCAGCAAAGGCCUGAUGGACACGGCUCCCUUGAUUUAGCCUCAGCUCCUCUGAGGCCCGUUGCAGCCCCCUCCUUCCCCCUUUCCUCCCCCACCCGUCUGACUGACGCACAGUCAGCGUAACCCGGCAACACCAGCACCUGACCGGAUCCCCGACCACACACCUGCUGGGCAGACCUGCACCACCGACCACUUGGGAGUCGUGUCAGAUGACCAGACCACCAUCUCAAAGUAUCAGCAUGUUCAGACAACAGCAGCCGGGCUGCGGUUUGGGCACCGCACAGCGCACAGCGCGUUCACGACACGAGGUUCGCAUACUUCUCAAGAGGUUUCUCUCCCGAAAAAAUGAGCAGGACUCAAGAGGUUUUGCUGCUUCACUCGGCGGGAGCCGCCAUCUUUAUGCCCGAACUUGUCCCCGGCCUCUUCCACACUAACGUUGACUCGGCCAUUCCCCGACCAGACUUUUUAAACUUAACGGGCUCUUUUUCUCCAAAGCUAAUUGUAAGCUUGAUUUAUAAAAUUGCUGAAAUGAUUUGUUUUUUUCUUAAUGCUUUUUUUUUUCUGUUGUGGAUUUCUUAACGAACAAGCGGGCGAGGCCUGCCCAACUCUGACGUGUGCACUAACUCAGGGGGACUCGUCUGAACCUAAACAGCAUUAUUACCGUACACAAUAAGCAGCAGCUGGGGGGGGGGGGUGGAGAAAAUGAUAAGAAAAAGCUGUCUGAGCAACAAAACCAGCCGAACCGAGUAGCUCCGCUGGGGUCUCUCGCCUCAUUUUCCUCCUUUUGUCCUCUGGGUUUAUCGUCCGUUUCCCUUCUAUCUUCUUCUCUCUGCCUGGUCUUCACGGGCCUCUGAAACCACUACUGCUGCACAGAGGGAGGAGUGAUUCUGCCACUCAGCGUAAAAAAGAAAGAAAACAAAAAAAACGUAUCUCGUUUUUGUAAGGACACAAUAACUGUUUCCCCCUCCCUCUCCUCUUGUGUCUUGUUUACCAAAAUAAAUGUGACACAACGCGUCUCCCAGACGGCAGGAGACGGAUGAAAUACCUCUUGUUUGGACGCUGGCGGAGGGGCUUGAAACAUCUGGAACAAGGGGCUCGCAGCCAAGUGACGCAAAUCUCCGUCAGAGGAGGAAGAAAGCAAGCACACAGUUUGUUGGAUUCAUGUGGAUGAAUCUGUGCCCCCCCCCUCUUGUGUAUAGUCUGUUCCAAGUCCUCACGGUUGACCUCCUGGUAUUGAAUUAUGUGACCAUGGUAGCUUUCAGUGGAUGUGACCAGAUGUACAGUAGGAAUAGGAACGACUGAUCCUUGCUCGCCUGUGUGGGUGGAGUCCAUUCGAGUGUGAGGUCUCAAGUCUUUUGUACAGCUUAAACCUGUGGAAAGCGUUUUGUUGUUUAUAGAACCGAGGCCAGUUUUAGUCGGGUUUUUAACCGAUCGAGAUGUAUGUGUGAAUAUUGGGAGCAGUCACCAAGACACUUUUUGUUCUGUUUUUUCUUCCUUUCAUUUUUUUUUUGGAACAUAGACAUAACUUGAGAACUUAAGCCGAUUGUGGUGUGUGCUGUGCAUCUCAAGUCUUUCUUCCUUCGAUAGGAGAGCUCACCGCGGUAAUGCCGGUGUCUACUCAUCUCGUCUGUCUGCGAUUUGUGUCCAUCUCAUUUUUUAUGUAGUAGAACAGUUAAUAUAUACAUUUUAUGAAAUUAUUUUUCUUUUCAAUUAUGCACCACUGUUCAAAGAUUUUAUAUCCUAACUUUACAAAAUUUACAACCUUUGUAAUAUUCAAUGGUUUCUUUUAAAAAGACAUUUUAUGUAAUGUUAUUUUUAGUAUUCUGUAAUUAAAAUGAGGAAAAUGACUGAAUUUAA